AUGUCUACUGCAGGACGCAAAGCUGGGCAGGACGGCAAGCUGCAGGAUGACAAGCUGCUGGAAUCCGUAAGGCAAUUGCUGGAGCGCGGCAGGCCUGAGGUGGCGAUCCACCUGCUGCAAGACGACAAGGAGCUCAUCCUGCAGCUGAUCGGGACGGUUAACACAGCGGCGGCGCUGGAGGCCCUGCCCCUGGUGGCCACCAGCCCCGACAUGUGCGCCGCGGCCAUCCGCGCCCUCACGGAGCGGCGCAGCCUGAGGGGGGUGCACGCCAUGCUGCACCACGCCCGCAGCACGCGCGCAGCGCAGGGGCUGGAGGGCCGCGAGGUGUGGCGAGCGGCGAUUGUGGCCUUCGGCAAGCUGAGGCGGCUGCAGGAUGCGCGGCAGGCGUUUGUGGGCAUGCGUGCGGCGGGGGCGUGGGGCGUGGAGGACACCGCCACCGUCAACCUGCUGCUCAACUCGCUGGCCUGGGACAUCAAGCUGCAGUUCGUCAGGUGCAACCAGCUGCGCAAGGAGGGGGUGGUGCCGGACGCGUCCACCUUCAACACGCUGCUCAAGGCGUGCAUGCGGGGGCGGGACGUGCGGCGAGCUGAGCUGGCGCUGAGCUGGAUGCGGGAGGACGGCGUGCCGCCCGACUCCGUCACCUACAACACGCUCAUCAAGGUGUUCUCGUACGCCAAGGAUUUUGAGCGCGUGCUGGCUGUGUGGAAGCAGAUGCAAGCAGCCGGCUUUGCGCCCACCGCCAGGCUCUGGGGCAGCCUGCUGAUGGCGUGCAGCGCGGCGGGGCAGAUGGAGCAGGCAGCCAUCUUUUGGUGGGAGAUGAAGCAGCUGCACAGCCAGGGCAACGGCGGCGUGCUGACCACCGACAAUGUGUGCGCCAUGAUGACCGCAUGCAACGAUGCGGGGCAGUAUGAGCGCGCCCUGACGGCGUUUGAGGAGGCCAAGGCCCUGGGCGUGCCCAUGGACACACGCGCCUACAACAUCGCCCUGCGCGCCUGCCACACGCCCGGCAAGACAAUGCGCCAGGAGCAGCUGCUGCAGGCCUUUGCGCUGUAUGACGAGCUGAAGCAGCGCGGCCUGCCGCCCGACACCUUCACCUUUGGCACCCUCUUCGCCCUCUGCGCCGCCGCGCGCCAAGGGCACUGCGCGAUGCAGGCAACCCGCCCCAGCCCUCUACCCACACCCACACCCGCGCCACUCUCCUUCCCGCAGCUGUACGAUGAGAUGAUGGAGCUCAAGGUGCAGGAGAAUGUGGUGGCCAUGACGGCGCUGAUCAAGGCGGUGGGCUGCACACCCGGCAUGGCCGCAGAGUGCAGCCGCCUGUUCAAGCGCAUGAGCUAUGGCCCCGCCAGGGUGAAGCCCAACCAGGCCACAUUCCGCACCGUGAUCGCGGCGCUGCGCGAGCAGGGGGAGCUGGCGGAGGCGCUGCGCGUGUACCAGGGCAUGCGCCGCCUGUACCCCGCAGACAACAGCGAGUUUGAGGGGCUGACGGCGGUGGCAGCGGAGCGCGCCUUCUCCUCCGAGGACGCCGACCUGCGGUCCGUGGUGGCCGCCGUCUGCCACAUCACCUCCUCCCAGAGCGUGGACCUGCACGGCAUGAGCGUGCUGGAGGCGCGGGCCGCAGUGCUGUGCAUCCUGGCCAUGCUGCAGCAGCAGUACCGCGACAGCGGUACCAUCGCCCACGACGUCACCAUCAUCACCGGGCGCGGCAGGGGCAGCGAGGGCGGCGAGCCCGUGGUGCGCAACGAGGUGGCGCGCCUGCUGGAGGCGCUGUUCCUGGCGCUGCCGGCGCCCGCGCCCGGCGACAACGCGGGCCGCAUUGUCAUCCCGCAGCAGCUGCUGUGCGAGGCAAUGGCUAGAAAGACGGCGCUGCGGGUGGCGCAGCACAAGCUGCAGCUGCCGCCGCCGCAGUCGCUGCUGCACCUGCACCCGCGCUACCAGCAGCAGCAGCAGCAGCAGCAGGUGCCGCCAUCACCUGGUGCGGGCUCUGGCGACACCACACCGCCCUGA